AUGUCCCGCCUGCAGAGCUGUCCAAAACCCUCAUUUUCAUCUCCAUCGGACCUGUUUGACCCCACCGAUGCAUUAGAAUCCUUCCCUACACCGUCGAUUACUGAUGGGAAUCAAGGAUCUAGCGGAUCAGAGGUUUUCGAGACGGAGAAUGUGGACAUUCAGGUGGCCGUCGAUUUACUGCUCUCCGCUCGUUUCCAGGUCCUGAAUUGUCCCAAUGUUGAUCUCCGAUGGAAGAAGCUUCUGGAUUGCUUGAUCAAGAGCGCAAUUGAGCCAUUGGAUUGGCUGCCAGAAGAUCAUCAUGGAUCGAGAUGCCCGAACUGGGACGGGAUUUCCUGGCAUGCAGCCUUCUACAUGACAGUUUCUAGGGAUGGCACGUGCAUUGCAUGUUCGCUUCUAUACAAAGGAACUCUAAGGGUCCUGCUGUUACUGCUUCAUGAUUUUCCAGAGUUCCUUUGUGGUUAUUAUUUCAGCUUCUGCGAUGUGAUCCCUCCGAGUUGCAUUCAAAUGCGAAACACUAUUCUCUGUGCUUUUCCCCACAAUAUGGAGCUGCCCUAUCCUUUAACUCCCAACUUAAAGGUUGAUUUGGUCCCUAAAUCCAGCCAGUCACCAUGCAUCCUCUCUGAGGUUGAUGGUGCUAUCAAAGCAAUGCAAAUUAAGACUAAAAUUGAUGAGUAUCUCAAGUCAUGGAAAAAGGGAUCUCCACUUUUAGCGGAGCUAAACCAGAGUCUGUUGCUUCCCCAAAGCGAGGCUGCACUGGCUGGGACUCGGUACAAUGUACCCCUGAUCAACUCCCUCGUGCUUUACUCAGGCAUGCAGGCUAUCUACACCACUCCCGUGGAUGACUUUUCAGUCAGUCCUACCAUGGACAUUUUCCAGGUUAUGAUAACAGAUUUGGAUCCAGAAGGGCGCUACCUUUUCCUAAAUUCAGUUGCCAACCAAUUACGCUACCCAAGCAGCCAUACCUUCUACUUCUCCUUGGUCCUUCUCUAUUUGUUUUCAGAAGCAAGCCAGGAUGUCAUUCAGGAGCAAAUAAUGAGGGUGUUGUUAGAGUGUCUCAUUGUCAAGCAACCUCAUCCAUGGAGCUUGCUGGCCACCUUUAUUAAGCUCGUUAAGAAUCCACAGAAUGACUUCUGGAACCGGCCAUUCUUUCGGCAUGAGCGUAAGAUUGUUGAUGAACUGUUUGAAUUACUGGCAAGACCCUAUGGCAGCAUGAUGACUAUGGAUGGUGGGAUGGUCCCAGGUGGGGUUUCUGAUAAUGCUCAUUGAAAUCUUCUUGGAAACAUUGAAAACCAAUCGGAUCUUACAUUCAUGGUGUACUGUAGUUAGUUUCUAUGGGUCUUUUCAGGGGCCAGGCAUCAGGAGCUCUGUAUUAUAGGUAAAUGAAAUUCUCAUAA